AUGGACGCCCCUCGACUUCCUGAUCCACAAGUUCUUGACCUCCUACGUCACGCCGAGACAAAGUCUUCCAAGUCAAAGGACACAAACGUCAAGACUACAUCAGCAAAAGUGAAGGAAUCAGGUGAUGGGCCUAGAGCCACUCAACUAGGCUUGUAUGGUCCACGAUGGAAAAACUUCCUUGAGGUUACGAAGAGCGAGUGCUGCGCCCAACACGCGAUAGAGAACCCAUUCCCCAAACUAGCGAAAGAUUUGACAGGUUCCAUCACUGAGAUACUCAUGGCUUCGCUCGUCGAAUGGCUCGAGGGUGGUCAACAAGUAUUUUGGCCUGAUCGCAAGCAUGAUAUGGCAAAACUGCUGUAUGAGGAUUUAUCAAUGUGGCGCUCGGACCUCAAGAAGACCGUUGCCAGUAUUGUGCCCUCCAUGUACGACCUCAUACCUCCAUCUCAUGUCCCACCCCAACAACGUGCUGCCUGGGUUGAAGAAGCUGCCACGGAGUUGCUCAAAGACGCUAUUUUCUUACGCAACGGUGCUUCUAUCUCUUUCUUCUAUACAGGGUCUUACCGUGUUGCUCGCAGGAGACCUGAGGUCUUCCAGAAGUCUUUUACCGCUAGAGUGCUUGGCACUGGUUUGCACCACGAUGGCUUUGCUAAGAACGGCAGCGGAAAAUCAUUUCCGAAGUUCACCGCAAAGGAAUACUCUUCUUUGUAUACUGCUAUGCUCACUAACCUGGAAUUGAUCAUGCGUGACCCUUACCAUGGACCGAAAUUAGCGCGGCAACUUCAUUCCUGGGCUGCAGCUGGAUGGCAAGGAGUUUUUGCUUUCGAAGUAUUGCAUGCUGAUGAAGUUCUCACAGGGCGGAGUCCUACAAAGUCGACGGCAAUGUGA